AUGUCUUCUCAAUAUUGUAAUAAACCCAUACAAGAACAAGAAAUUUAUGAUUUUAUUCUUGAAAAAAAAUUAAGAUGGAUUCCUUAUAACAAAUUUAAAAAUGUUGAAUAUCUUAAUGAAGGAGGAUUUGGUACUAUAUACAAAGCUAUUUGGUUAAAGAAUUAUGGAGGUGAAGAAGAAGUAAUUCUUAAAUGUCACAAGAAUUUAAAUGAAAAUUUAAAUGAAUUUUUGAAAGAAUGGGACUAUCAUAAGAAUUGUUUAAAUUCAUCAUAUGAAAUUGUAAAUUUUUAUGGAUUUACAAAAGAUCCAAAGAUUUCAAAAUAUAUAGUAGUAAUGGCUUAUGCAAAUAAUGGUAAUUUAAGAGAAAAUUUAACAAGAAUAGUCAAAAAUAAUUGGAAUCAAAAAUUAUAUAUGUUGUACAGAAUUAUUGCUGGACUUAGUAAGAUACAUGAAAAAAAUCUUAUUCAUUGUGAUUUUCAUGAUGGUAAUAUUUUAAAUCAUAAUGAGAGUGUACUUUAUAUUAGUGAUUUAGGAUUAUGUCAACCUGUAAAAUCGGUUUUGGAAAAGUAUGAUAUUUAUGGUGUUAUACCAUUUAUGGCUCCUGAAGUUUUAAGAGGUAAAUCUUAUACUCCAGCUAGUGAUAUAUAUAGUUUUUCUAUGAUUAUGUGGGAACUUACAUCUGGAGUACCACCAUUUAAUAAUAGAGCACAUGACAUUCAACUAAGUUUAAGUAUUUGUAAAGAUGGUGAACGUCCUGAAAUUAUUGAAAAUGCUCCACAAUGUUAUGUAGAUUUAAUGAAAAGAUGUUGGAAUGAAGAUCCAUUAAAAAGACCAUCUUCUAAAGAAGUAUUAGAAAUUAUUAAUAAAUGGAUUUUCCGUUCUAAUGAAGUCAAUGAUGAAUUAAAAAGCAACAUUAUGGAAUUUAUAAAUGCACCAAUUAGGCAGUAUAACAAUCUUGUUACUCAACCUCAUCCUAAAGCAUGUUAUACAAGUCGCUUACUUAAUUUUACUAGUAAAAAAUUGAAUGAAAUUAUUGAAAGUGAAGAUUCACAAGCUAAUGUAGAAGCAAAUGAAAUACUAGUAAGUGAAAAUUUGAAUGAUUAUAUAAUUAAGGAUUUGGGGUCAUUAGAUAUUAAAACAGAUGAAAAUUAA